AUGGCCCCCCUGGCUCAGACCCUGGCACUGCUGGCAAUGGCCAUGGCCACCACGGCUGUCGAUGUGAUCCCCCUGGACAUGGCUCCGGACUCCUUUGAUGACCAGUACCGGGGCUGCGGCCCUGCCAUGAAGGCGGCAUUGCUGACCCUCAGCUGGUCCGAGUUCCAGCAGAACAAGGAGUUUGCUGAGGUUUGGGGAAAGGCUAUGGCCACGUGGCAGAGUCGGGGGCCCCCUGAGUCCCCUCUGUCCCCAGACCAGGCCACCGCCAUCAUGGCCUUCUCAAUGACUGACCUCAGAACAUUCAAUGAUGCCGUGCGCGUGGUUGGGCGUUCCCGCCAGGCAUACCGAGACAACUUCCACUUCAAAGCGCUGCAUUUCCUGCUGACCGAUGCCCUGGCCACGCUGAGGGAUGCUCAGAACGGGCAGUGUCGCCACGUGUACCGGGGUGUGCAUGAUGUCCGGUUUCAGGCACGGCGUGGUCAGAAGGUCCGGUUUGGUCAAUUCACAUCGACAUCUCUGAGCAAAGAGGUCGCCCAGAAGUACGGAACAGAUACCAUAUUUGAGGUUCAAACGUGCCACGGUGUGGACAUCCAGGCUUUUUCCUUCUAUCUGAGCAACCGUGAGGUGCUGAUCCCGCCAUAUGAAACCUUUGAGGUCACCAAAGUCACCCAGAAUGGGAAGAGGGCAUGGAUCACUCUCCGAUCAUCCGGGACCUACAGCAAAUACAACUGCGCAUUGCUGUGGGAGCAUCCACAUGGCCACCUUUCACUUCAGAGGAUGCCUCCUGGCCAACACAGCCUUGGCAGUGGCCACCAGGAUCCUCUGAACCACGAGACCACCAAGGCCACCGAAUUCACUGCGGUCACUGUGGGAACCAUGGCCAACAUGAUCAUCAAGACUCCCUCCGCCACAAGUGUCCCACCCAACUCCUAG